AUGCCGAAGAAAACAAUAGGCUUCUUUGUCCUUCUGGCAGCUAUAGCGUCAAGCUUGAUUGUCAAUGCUUUCCAAUUUCCACUGGAUUCCGCCACCGGUGCAAAGUUCGAUGUUUCCUUGAGAUUAGCAAACUCAGAGUCUGCAACACCUGGAGCUCUGAGAAGGCGUGAUGCAAUUUUUUCUAUUGCUUCUUUUCCUCUCGUCUGGCUACUACCCCAAGUUGCGCUAUCAAAGGACGAAUCAAUGGUUCCUACGGAAUAUCAAGCGGUUUGGUUUGAUCCAAAGCUUCCCAACGGAUACAGAGUAUUGUUCGGAGGCAAUCAAAAGGCAACGUUGUUGUUGCGCAAUGAACCAUCCGAUGACGAGAUUGAACUUCCAGUGAAAGUCGUAGAAGGAAAAGAAAUGAAACUCAUAUUUGAUUUCAGUCCAAUCGGUGGACAGUCGAACCUCGAAGGGACUUUUACAAAGAACAGAGAGGGAUCACGAAUCAUUUCGUUUCCAGAUAAAAACGCUUGGAUAAACAAAAAGUUUGAAGGCCCAAUUGGAGUUUUCAAAGAUAGUACAGAUUCAAAUCGAGUUAUCAUCAUAAGGCAAGUCAAGGGACCGGAGUGUGUGGUGCAGCUUCGGGAUGAAAAUAAGAUAACUACUUUUCCCGGAAAGGCAGGGACUUCGUUUACAUUCAACUUUCCAGACAAGGGAAAGGUUUCGGCAGCCUUCGAUAUGCAACGAAGGUCUAUAACAUUCGAGGACGGCACUAUAUGGACAAAGUAUUGA